AUGAAUCUUCCCCUUUGUCUCAUACUUUUGGAUUUUUUAACUAUUCUUAACUGUUUUUGUGAUCUUAGCGUUUUACCCACGCGUCGUGCAGUUCGCAUACUGGGCAGGAGAUACGCGCUGACGGCUACGGGAUAUAAGUACCUGGACAUCGGCAUCAACGUCGGUCCGCCGAGCUACGUCGAGAUCGCGAUAGGCGAUCAUCGAGGAAACGAGCUGAGCCUGUCUCUUGAAACGUGGAAGGGACUCUACGAACAACGAUGGGACAUUCAGGACCGUCUCUGCAAGGAUGUUCGCGGCCGUCCUAUCACCGUUGGACCGUUGACGGUGCGAUUCAGUGCGAUGAACGAUACCAAACUCGUGUGUCUGGAUUCGUCCGACGUACGGUUGAUGAUGACCGAAUCGACGUUUCUUACCAUGAUUAACCUGGAUCACUGCAUCGAGCUGACGUACGCUCAGUUGGAUCGUGUCGUGGAUAAAGUCGAAGCAAAGGUUGCGCAAUUUUCGAAUAUCGCGUCCGCUGAGACGAAGGAUGCGUCGAACGCAAUACGCGCCAGCGAAUUCUUCAACGGAAACCACAUUAUAGAUUGUGAGCUGUUCGCUCUGGUUUUUGAUACACCGAUGUAA